CUCACUUCCCCCUCCCUCAUUUUAUCAACCUCAACCUGGUCAACCACCAGACCAGACCAUCCACACAAUCAUGACGGGAACCGAUCAAUCGCUCUCGCGAUCCGGUCGCGCUAUGACUGCUCUGUCCCAGACCCUAGACGAACUCGGUCUAGUGACAAUGUACCACUCCACCCGAGACGUCAAGUUCCUCUGCGCCCAGCGCUUCGUGCGGCUCUUCGCGUAUGGCGGCUCAACGCUCAUUCUCGCCUCGUACCUAUCAGCCAUUGGGGUCGCGGAUGAUCGGAUCGGUCUGUUUAUGACCCUGACCCUGGUCGGUGAUGUGGUGAUUAGUUUCUUCCUCACCCUGUUCGCGGAUGCGAUGGGUCGUAAGGCGGUUUUGGCACUCGGAUCGGCGUUGAUGGCUGUUAGUGGCGUCGUUUUUGGCCUGUCGGGGAAUUACUGGGUGCUUCUUGCUGCGGCGGUGUUUGGUGUUAUCAGUCCAAGUGGAAACGAGAUUGGACCCUUCCGUGCCGUGGAGGAGUCUACUCUCGCUCAUCUCACUCCGCAUGAGAAGCUACCCGAUGUCUUUGCGUGGUACUCGCUGGUCGGUACCGCGGGUACUGCGCUCGGUCAGUUGAUCUGCGGUUGGACGAUCAGCUCGUUGCAGGACCUGCACGGGUGGGCUUUUAUCCCGUCGUGCCGAAUCAUUUUCUUUGUGUAUGCAGGCGUUGGUCUCGUCAAGCUCAUCCUCACGUUAGCCCUGACUCACAAGGUUGAGACGGCCGAGAAGCAGAAGGCGCGUGAGCAGCAGAAUGGCGAAACUCGGCCCCUGCUAGCUGACUCUGCGCCCGUUGAACAAGAGGCCGUGCCGAAGAAGAAGUCCCUGCUUGCCUCCAUUGAAAAGGAUCUGUGGUCGCUGGUGAUUCGAUUGUUCAUUUUGUUCGGCAUCGACUCGUUUGCAUCGGGGCUGGCAUCUCUCUCCUGGAUGACAUACUUCUUCCACCGCAAGUUCAGCUUGCCCGAGGGCGAGCUGGGGACCAUUUUCUUCGUGACCAGCUCGAUCUCUGCAGCAUCUAUGCUAGUCGCGUCCUCGAUCGCCAAGCGUAUCGGCAACGUCAAGACAAUGGUCUUUACACAUUUACCCUCGGCAAUCUGUCUAGCCCUCAUCUCCGUUCCCAACAGUCUUCCCCUAGCACUCACGUUCCUCGUUCUCCGCGCCUGUUCGCAAAACAUGGAUGUGGCUCCACGCGCCGCCUUCCUCGCCGCAGCUCUACCCUCUGACAAGCGGACUGCCAUCAUGGGUGCUGUCAACGUGGUCAAAACGACCAGCCAGAGUCUGGGUCCCCUUCUGACUGGCAUCCUUGCGCGUAACAACAUGUUUGGCGUGUCCUUUAUGAUCGCCGGUUGCUUGAAGGUUACCUAUGAUCUGGGCAUGCUGGUGAGUUUCGCCGGUAAAGAGGCGGAGAAGAGGAAGCAGGUUGCCCGUGAGGCCAAUGGGGACGAGGAGGAGACUCGUUAGGGUAGGAAUUGUGUGGGGUUUGAUAUUGUGCGGCUGAAGAAGUUGUGCAAUGUUAUACUUGUAUCAUAUGAAGGGCAUCGUGCGAUAGCUGUCGUACCGCUGACUAUUUUCUUUGGCACGCGCAGGAAAGAAUUCCUGGAGAUAUAUGGUUUUGUCAGAAGCAAGUCGACAUUAUGGUUGGGGUCACUUAUAGUUGGGCAUUCGUGUGCUAUUUGUUUAGAAGUCGAUCUAUACAAAUACACCGUGCAAUCACUCUAGUAAUCCUCAUCGUAGACGACGGCAUUGGAAAGAUCGCCGAUGGUGCCAUUUGGGGGCUUCGUGCCAUGAUAGAUCAUGCUCAGAAGUAAGCAGCAAUGCCAAGCAUUUAC